AUCCACUGACUGCCUGCCUCUGACUGUGACCAAGGCAUGUCCUCGAACCCCCAGCUUCGGAGAACACAAAGUAUGAGGGAUGGAAGAGGGGCCCUCUGCAUCUGCCUCGCCAAAGCGGAGGGCGAGGGAGGAGCUGGCUCGGACAGACCGUUACAUGGACUCAGUAAGAGAACCCAGGAGAGUGCUGACCUGUCAGACAUACCGUCCUGGGUGAAUCAAUCUGUGCUCCAUGUAAAUGGAAGUUCACCAAAUGAGGAGUUAUCACUGGAAAUGAAAAAUCUUCUGAGGGAGGUCCCAGAUUUGCAAGAAUCAGUAAGAAGAAAUUGCGCUUCAGCAGCGGCUCUGAGCAAGGCCGUGGCUCUGUCCUCUGCUCCCACAGAAGAGCAGGGUGUGAAAGUGCCCCGCGGUGUUGGCGAGGCACUAGUGAGGGACUGGCUGGGCAGAGGGCCAAGGGACACUGACUGCCACGGAGACUGGUGUCACAAAGGAGAGCUGUGGCUGUGCUCUGCGUGUCUCCAGCCUUCGGGACUACCAUGUUAUCACACACUGAAUCUGCUGCCGUUAGGAAUGGGAAUUUUUGAGGAUGAACCACCAAGUGCUUUUCUUGGGAUCAGCUCUGAGCUUGAACUGCCUUCCCUGCACUCCAUCCUUUCUGCAACCCUGUAUGCAUGUCCUGAAAUCCUCUUGAAUGAUGAGACAAAAGACCUUUCCCUUGACUGUUUAAAGCCCAUGCUUUCCGAGCAAAUAGUAGAGUACAAGGAAAUGCUCUCAGGUGUAAAAAGUAUACCAGAUGAUCUGCAGGUGACACUGGGGUUACUGGCUCUCCGAGCUUUGGAAUUUGCGAAUUUGUUAUACCAUAGUUAAGGUACGUACAAGCAGAACAAUAAAGAUAGUGAGAUUAAUUUCCAGAGUUGUCUUAGAGUGAUUUCCUUUGCGUUAAGUCUAGAUGCAAACAGUGCAGCCAUCAAGUUCCUGCUCUGCUUGUAUGGCUAGACCAACUUAAAGUGAGUGGAAUCCAAACUCAUGAAAAGCUGGCCGAUACAGAAGGACAUUUUUGAGUAUAUUUUAAAUUGUGCUUGAAGGACAUUUGGAAUUGGGAAUCCGUUUCAGAAGAAUAUUGAUAGAUAAUAAAUAUCAAAUUAGAACCUUGUUUAACAUAAAGUUCUUUCUAAAUCUUCAGUACCUAUUUUAAAGGGCUACUGGCCAGAUAGUGCUCUUCAGCCUGCCUUUGAUCAUCUAACGGAAGUGGAUGUUUGUAAAAGUCAGCCCUCUGUACCUGCUAAGAGCUUUGCUGAGUUCGUUGUAACUGUAACCGUUUCUCCAUUUUGUAGAAUUUUGUUCUGCAGGAGAAUUUGAUUUCUUUUUUCAUACCUCUUUUUUCCACUUAAAACACAAUUUAUAUGGAGGCCCUAAGGUGAAUGUUGCAAUAUUAAAUUUAACUUUAGAAUAAUCCUUUCUCAAGUUAGAAAUCCUAGUAGUGUUAUUUUAAAUAAAAAUGAGCUUGAAAAUAUUUGAUGUGGCUCAGUUUACAGAGAGGCAAAUCAAGUAUUUUCCAUUCUUGAAUGUUCCCAGUUUCUAGGGAUUGAGGUAUCUUUUACACUAAGGUUUUUCUGAAGUAACUCCUUUUGUUGUUAACUUUGAUGAAGGUCAUUUAAGAGUCAUACUUGUGUGUAAGUUUUUAAGGCGUCCCAAAGUAAGACUUAAAACAACCAUUUCUGGGAUUAUUGAUUGCAUAUAUCAGCUUAUAUAGUGUGCUGAAUUACUGUGCUGUGUGCUAUUUUAGUGUUUUGGAGAAAUGAAAAAUAAAACUCUUCUUCAGCAUAAUAAAUACAAGUAUUUUUUUAUGUGUGUAGUCUUGGUUUUUCUGGUCUCUUUAUUAAUGCUGCCUUCUUGUUACUUAAAAAUCUCUUAGCACCGAAGUAGGUCACUGAUUUAGAAGACGGGAAGCAGAGGUUGAAAAACAAAAUGUAAAGCUAGGUCAGAACUCAGCCGCUUCGGUUUCUUCACAGGAUGUUAUGAAAUAGUGCAUUGUGAUCCUUUGGAAUGGUGCUCAGCAUCCAGGCUGAAAUGAUACCGCCCUAAUUGAGCAAGUAAAACUCUAGCUAAAGGACACUCCGUGUGUGUCACCAAUGGAUUGCCAAAUGAGAUGGGGACAUGUUUAUUUUAAAUGUUGUAAAAAUGGGGACUGUUCGCUUGCAUACUCCUUUUACUUCCUUUUUUUAAAAACAAAAAACAAAAACAACUAAGUCUACUUCGUUGGGAUGGAACUUUCCAUGACUCAUCAACUGUUGUUAUUUCUUUGUUUUGUAAAUUGCAAGUAUAUAAAUGUAUUCAACCAAUUGCAGAGAAAAGUACAGAAUUCCCUAUUGGCAUCAAAUGCUAAAGUAAUAAAUUUGAAAUGUUUUCAUGUGGUUGUAUUAAAAUAAGGUGUUUUUUCUAAAAGCAGCUUUGGGGUGUGAAAUGCAAGUAAGAGUUGUAGUGUCAGAACCUGUCUAACGUCAGAGGAGAUAAUAACCAGGAUCAGCCCCAAACUGAUUCUCAUGAGGGGAAGGUAAGACAUACCUCCACCCUCCAACUUUUUACCAGUUCUGACACCAGCUGUCCUCCCCAGGCUACUCGGUGCUUCCCUGCUGGGUUUGAUAUGUUGCAGGGGUCACGCAGAACUCACAGACCAUAUUUAACGAUUAAAUGGUUUAUUAAGGAAGCAGCGGGUACAACUUGGGAUCAGGAUCAGGAAGUACGGAGGCAAAGUCUGGAAGGCUCCCCUCCCCCAAGAGGAAAUCACCUCCCUCCCUUGAGUGCAGAACAGCUUUCUCAGCUCUCAGCUGUGCACUUCUCUCAGCCCCCUGAGGACAGGCUCUUCUUGGCCCUGCUGCCUGUCACCACCAACUCUGCCUUUACAGCUCUUUUAGGAGGUUCCUUGCUGCCUCUGUUCUCUCCUUCUCUCUUCUUUCUUCCUUCUACUUCUUCCUGUCUCUAAAAAACCUUUGUGGGGUCAGCUGCAUCUAUACAUAACUCUGUCAAUUUCAAGGAAUGGCCCUUCCCAGCAGGGCUACAAAGUAGCCAAUCCCCUCUCAGAUACUUCAUUUGCCUCGUAGGCUAUAGACACUUCAUUUGCAUAGUCUGUUGACCAAUCCCUGCAAAGUGCAUAUCAAUCACAGGACAGGCUGCAGCCUAGGGCCAGACAAAAAGUAGCAAACCAUCAGGAUGUUUACAGCUUACCCAGGAAAUGUCAAUCAACCUGGACAAAACUAACAAACCCUCUAGGGUGGAAAACUAGGAUAAAGGUUACUCAUAAGGGCUUGAGGGGAAAAUCUCUUCAAGCUGUUUUUCCAAAGAACCAAGGCAAAAAGAUACAUAAAAAAACUCACUUCACUACAGUAAUUUUUUUCUUCACGUGAAUGUUU